GUGCCACUUGAGCUAAGGCUCAUUGGCAUGACGAUUCCAUCUAAAGCUAUCGCUAAAGAACUUUCACAGUAUGACGGAAGUCCAAGCCCAAUGUUUAUGUCUUCUUUAUGAAACUCUCGACAAUCCACGUGGCCACACUGCCAUUCUAAUUUCUUCAUCCGAGGGAAUAGCUUCAGUUUCUUCUGCCUUCUCUCUUUGAUCUUCUUUACCAAGUCACCACCAAACCAGAUUCUUGGUAUAUCCCUCUUAAGAAUACAAGUUGUUGAAAAAUCUUCUCAGUACUUAAUUCUCGUUCUUUAGCUUUCUUCUUCCUUGUAAUUCCAAGAUCAGUUUUCUUCUGUGUUUAAUUGUUGCCACCUUAUGGAAGUACUUCAAGUUCUUGUCUAUAUCUUUGAUGAAUUUAUACCUUGAGUGUUGUUCCCAGUAUUCGGACAUAGAUGACUCAUUUUUCUUCUCCAUUGUCUUCCGUUACAAAACAAUUUUGGUAGAUAAGAAUGCUCACUAGAAUCUAAGGUUAAUAUAUCUCACUAUGCUUGUUAUUUGCGGAUUCCCCAGUUUGCCACUCUUUUCAUCUUCACAAACCCAAAGAAACAACAACACAAGUAUAAGGAACAACACUGCAAAUAUUGUUGAGGCUGUUACUUCUUCACCUUCUUCUUCUUCCAUGGAUGAAACUUCAGCCGCUUCUAAUUGGAUCGAUGGAAUAUUGAAGGAUCUAACUCACAGCUCUAAUAGUGUCUCAAUCCCUCAGCUCAUCAACAACGUCAGGGAGAUUAUAUACCCUUGCAACCCAAACGUGGCCAUGCUUCUUGAGUACAGGCUCUACCUCCUCACUUCUGACUCCUCCACCGGUGCUGGGGCUGCAGCACCGCCGCCACCACCACCUCCACAAAACAAAGCUUCGCCUGUAGUACCGCCAACACCGUUAGAUUCUAACAACAAUUCAGUUUCAUUGGCCAAUACUUUACCAUCACCGCCGCUGCCACCGCAAGGGAAGCCACCUCAGCAACCUGAAGAAGAUCUUGUUACAACACCGGCAACCACCACGAGCAGCGCCACAGAAAUGGUAAGCUCUUGCCUUGUAAUCUACGCAACGCUGCCAAUCGUUCCUCACAGCCAGAAAGUCGCUUCUGCUUUCCAAGUCUUCAACGGAAUCAGCCCCUUCAUCAAGUUCUCCCACUUCACCGCCAACCAAGCAAUUCAAGAAGCGUUCGAGAGAGAAAAAAGGGUUCACAUCAUAGAUCUAGAUAUAAUGCAAGGCCUCAGUGGCCUGGGGCUCUUCCAUAUUCUGGUGAGAAGAGAGCAGGAUAGGAUGGAGAGAGGGGGGAGAGGGAUGGAGAGAGUUGAGGAUGAGAGUGCCGUGUAGUGGGAGGGGAAGGAGAAGAGGGUGGCAGAGGUGUAGGGUGUGGGGUGGCGGAGGAACUAACAUGGCACAUUGUAGCCACGUCUUCACUGAAAUGGCCGAGUCAUCACCAGAAAAACACUCAAAGACCACUAUGGUGAAAUUGGAACCUCGAAGAU